AUGGCCCGAUAAUAUAUCAAGAAAUGUCAUUGAUCAUGAUGGUGAAGUUAGGGGCACCGUACACUUAUGAAAAAUUUGUUGUGUUUAUUCCAUAGUUUAUAUAUAAACUAACUUUUUGUAUAUAAUUAAAAUGCGAAUGCGAUACAAAAAAAUUGACAUAAACGAAUAAAAUAAUAUUUAUUUUUAAGUAUUAACACAUUGAAACUUAAAAAAAAAAGAACAAUACUCAACGGCCGACGCAUAUAAGCGAUUUUGUUUGGACUAGCUAUAGACGGUGGACAUACUGAAUAAUAUUAUCUAUAUUUUUUAGUUAUUUUAGGUUUUUGUCAAGUACAAUGUUUUCCUAUAAUCUAGAAGCAGUGAACUAUCCUACUAAUAUUAUAAAUGAGAAAGUUUGUGAGUAUGUAUGUGUGUGUACCUACAUGUUUAUUACAUCAGAUGAUGACAUAAAAUAAUUUGUAUGUACUUUUCCUCAUUUUUUUCUUGAACCACUAUACUGCACCUGACUACGCCCGUGCUAAUGCAUGCAUGAGCCUACUGGCAGCCGUAAAAAUCUUGGCUUCAAGGCCUUUAGAAGAGCAGACGAAUUACACAAUAAAAAAAGAGCUAUUUGUUGUAUCAAUAGCUCGUUGCUAUGGGACAAUCAAGAACUUUUAAUAGUCCUCUUGUUCUCAAACUACGAUGGCCGCGCCUAAAGCGACCACAAUUAAAGACGCAAUUAAAAGAUGGGAAGAUAAAACUGGCCAGCAGGCCGCCACGGCGACUGAAGUGAGUCUGAUAUUCCAAUGGCCGCCGAUCGAAAAAAUGGAUAAUACGUUAGCUGCACUCGUCAAUUGCGAAAAAUUGAGUUUAUCAACGAAUAUGAUAGAAAAAGUAACUGGAUUAAAUAGUUUGAAGAAACUUAGGAUUCUUUCACUAGGAAGAAACUACAUUAAAUCAUUUGCUGGCAUGGAAUCACUCGGAGAUACACUUGAAGAAUUAUGGAUAUCAUACAAUUUAAUAGAAAAAAUAAAGGGUAUCAACGUAUUGCGAAAUUUGAAAGUUCUAUACAUGAGCAACAACUUGGUCAAGGAAUGGAGCGAAUUCAAUAAACUGCAGGAGCUACCACACCUCGAAGACUUGCUAUUCGUGGGCAAUCCUCUGUAUGACGGUUGCGAGCUGGAGGCGUGGCGGUCGGAGGCGGCGCGCCGGCUGCCGAACCUGAAGAAGCUGGACGGAGAGACAGUGAUCAGAGAGGACGACCCACCGAUCACUGUCGCUGAUAUGCAGUUGAACGAAGGAGACGCAGUGGAGACACUAGUCAGUGCCGAAACCAACGAUUAAAUAAAAAUAUGCCUUUGAAUAUGGAAUUUAUAACAAACU